UCCUGCUAAAUCUUCCCACUUUUAUAUUGUUCCCCAGUUAAAGGUUCAACAUGGGGUUUUCGGUCCACUGGAGUUGGCUCGCUGCACUUUCAUGUCUCCUCUGUAUGGGAAGUGAAGUUAUUUGUAAUUGCACAGACGAUAAAAUGCAAAUUGAAGGGGGUCAUUACACACUGACUAAGCAGAUGGAGUCAGGCAGCAUGUUGAUCUACCAUUGUCCUGAUGGCUACUAUCCUCACCCCUAUUUGACCCGCCUGUGCCAGGCUAAUGGCAACUGGAGACCAGUACCCAAAAGAUUUUCCCCUCAGAGAUGCAGGGUUGUUGAGUGCCCUGACCCCAAUGUGAUGCAGUACGGAAGCGUCAACCCUCCUGAGGAAAGGUACUUUGUGGGCAAUGAGACCACGUAUGAUUGCUACUCUGGAUACACAUUGCGAGGCUCAUCAAAACGUGUAUGCUUACCAAAUGGGAAGUGGAGUGGCCGCACUCCCAUCUGUAGCCAUGACUCAGGGGACAAUUGCGCUGAUCCGGGUAUCCCAGCUGGCGCCUCAAGAACAGGGGACAUAUUUGGAAUUGACGAUAGAGUGAAAUACAGCUGCAACGGCAACCUAUUUUUGGUUGGGUCAAAAGAAAGAGUGUGUCAGGAGAACGGCCAGUGGACUGGCAGAGAGCCAGCAUGCUACUACAGACACACCUAUGACACUUCUUUGGAGGUUUCAGAGGCAUUUGGCAGCUCGAUUAAAGACAGCCUCACCACUUUAGAGCCCAUAGAUGGCAUACAGACGGGGAGAUCAAUCAGGAUUCCAAAAAAUGGGACACUUAACAUCUAUAUUGCGGUGGAUAUUUCUGAGAGCAUCGAAGAGACACACGUCAAUAAAGCAAUAGAUGCUGUCAUAAAACUUAUUACAAAGAUUUCAUCCUUUUCUGUGUCUCCAAACUAUGAAAUAGUCUUUUUCUCCUCUGAAGUGUACGAGAUUGUCAACAUUCUUAAUUUUUUGGAUAAAAAAGCAGACCUAAAAGCCAUCAUAGCUGAAUUGGAAAAAUUUAAAGUGGGACACAAAAACACUGGAACAGAUCUGGACCUCCUGUUUAGGACAUUCCUUGAGAGAAUGUCUAUCAUGAAGCUACGAGUUGGAGAAAAGGUUUUUAAGGACCAUCGUCAUGUCCUUAUCAUUUUUACAGAUGGUGCUUAUAAUAUGGGCGGAUCACCAGAACCAACUGUGGCAAAAAUAAAGAACAUCGUCUACAUGAACCACACUGGUCAACAGGAGGAUGAAGAAUCAAGAGAGAAUUUUUUGGACAUUUAUAUUUUUGCCAUUGGAGCUGAGAUAUUUGAUAAUGACCUGCAGAAACUCACAGUAGGGGUUGGUGGCAAGUCGCAUUACUUCAGAAUGAAGGACAUUACAAAUUUACAAGAGACCUUUGAUGACAUAAUUGAUGAGAAAGAAGUCAAGGGUCUAUGUGGUCUUCACAAGGACUAUGAAACAACGGGAAAAGACAGCACGAGGAAAAUGUAUCCAUGGUGGGCAUUCAUUACUGUCCAGAAUGACGGACCGCCAAAUUACUGCAUCGGCUCUCUGGUUAGCCCUGAGUUUAUCUUGACUGCUGCUCACUGCUUCAAAUUUGAAGAUUUACCUGAGCACGUCACAAUUGAGAUUGAUGAUGGACAGGGCAGAGUGAAACAAGUUAAAACUUUUAUAUUACACCCUGAAUACAAUAAUAAAAAAAAAGUGGCUAUUGGUGUGAAGGAGUUCUAUGACUAUGAUGUGGCUCUCGUCCAACUGAAGGAAGCUAUUAAAAUCUCCAACAUUGCUAGACCUAUUUGCAUACCUUGCACUGAGGAGACCAGUGGUGCUCUUAAACUGGUUGGCGUAUCCACCUGCAGGCAGCAAGAGCAGGUUCUGUUCAAGACUCAUAUGGAAAGACUCAAUUUCCUGACCAAGAAAGGAAGCACGGUAGCUCUAAAAGAGGCCCAUGCUAAGCUGGGUGAUAAUAGAGGCGAGUGCAUCAAACAUGCACUGGAGGCACCAGGCAUAACAACUCUUGAUCCAAAGGAAGCCGUGACUGAUAACUUCCUGUGCACUGGUGGUCUGUCUCCUUACAGGGAUCAUAUAACAUGUAACGGUGACUCUGGAGGCGCUGUGUUCAAGAACUAUGAGCAUCGCACAAUACAGGUUGCAUUGGUCAGCUGGGGGACCAAGGAUUUGUGCAAGUCGGGUGGUGGUGUUGUUGAGUCAGAUGAGAACUCCAGAGAUUUCCACAUUAAUCUGUUCAGAGUUGUCCCUUUUCUCAAAUCGAUCCUUGGAAAUGAAUCCCAGUAUGAAUAUGCACCACUGACGUUUUUGAGUGACUAAAAUGUAUUUGAAUACUGUACUUUUCAGAUUCAAGAUUUGUGUAUACUGUAUGUUUAAACACCCUGGUUUAUGUUAUUUGGGUUCAUAAUGAAAAAGAUCACAUAAACAGAUAACAUUUUCUUGUCAAAAGCAUUCAAAUAUUCAGUCAUUCAAAUAGCUAUUAGUUAAACUGUUUCAUGCUUUAUGAUCAUUUAUUCACUUUUGUCUGUGGUCAAUCAGGAUAUGAAGAGGAAGUUAAUAAAUCAAUUUAAAACUG